CUGCAUUAGCAACUGGCCAAUGUGCCGACAGAUUCUCGCGCCCCAGUUGGGAAAGCAGAGGGACAUUCCUGCAUCCGUAACAUCACCUCCUUUCCGGGCCUUUGACACUACAACACCUCAGGCAAGCCCACCUGACAGUCGUCAUGCUUCGUUUUGCGUCGAGGUCCGCGUCGGCAGUGCGAGGAAAGGCGGGCAGUGCAUUCUCCGCACGAGGUUCUCGUCAGUUCAGCCGGACACCGACUGCUCUUGCUGAGGUUGAGCUUUUCAUUGAUGGCAAGGCGGUGAAAAUCGAGCAGGGGGCGGCCCUCAUUCAAGCAUGUGAAAAGGCUGGUGUGGAUAUUCCACGCUUCUGCUAUCAUGAGCGUCUUUCGGUAGCGGGUAACUGUCGAAUGUGUCUCGUUGAGCUCGAAAAGUCUCCCAAGCCCGUUGCCUCCUGCGCUAUGCCGGUUAUGCCUGGCAUGAAGGUGAAGACGGACACUCCUCUUGUGAAGAAGGCUCGCGAAGGUGUUAUGGAGUUUCUCCUCGCGAAUCAUCCGCUGGACUGUCCUAUUUGCGAUCAGGGUGGUGAAUGUGAUCUGCAGGAUCAAUCUGUACGAUACGGAUCUGACCGCAGUCGCUUUGGGGAAUUUGCGGUGGGUAAGCGCGCUGUAGAGGACAAGAACCUCGGCCCUCUCGUCAAAACAUGCAUGACUCGAUGCAUUCACUGCACCCGUUGUGUUCGAUUUGCCAACGAAGUGGCCGGCGCCGUUGAGAUGGGUACAUCAGGACGAGGAAAUGAUAUGCAAAUCGGCACAUAUAUUGAAAAGACGAUCAAUUCUGAGAUGUCAGGCAACAUUAUUGACCUUUGCCCCGUUGGUGCGCUGACCUCGAAGCCUUAUGAAUUCACUUCCCGCCCGUGGGAAUUGCGCAAGACAGAGUCGAUUGAUGUCCUCGAUGCUGUCGGUAGCAACAUUCGCGUGGAUUCUAGAGGCUUGGAAGUCAUGAGAGUUCUGCCUCGUUUGAACGACGAUGUGAACGAGGAAUGGAUUUCAGACAAAACAAGGUUUGCCUACGAUGGUCUCAAGCGCCAGCGUCUCACUACUCCUAUGAUCCGCAAAGGCGAUGACUUUGUUCCAGCAACAUGGCCUGAAGCUCUUACCAAAAUUGCAGACGCUAUGGGAGCCGUGAAGGGAGACGAGAUGGUGGCGAUUGCGGGUCAACUUGCCGAUGCGGAAAGUCUGGUUGCCUUGAAGGACUUGUUCAACCGCAAGGGGUCAGAGAACCUGCGUUUGGAUGGACGCAACUCGGACAAACUCGCAUACGGUGUUGCGGAUAUCCGUAGCAACUACGUUAUGAACAGCACUAUUAACGGGGUGGAGGAAGCUGAUGCUCUUCUAUUGAUUGGCACAAACCCACGCCAUGAGGCGCCCAUCGUCAAUACGCGUAUUCGAAAAGCGUACCUCAACAACAACCUGGAAGUGGGUGUUGUUGGCGCUGCACCCGACCUCAACUAUGAGUAUGCACAUGUGGGCUCUGACCCCGCCAGUUUGGAGAGUUUGAUCAACGGAAAGCAUUCCUUCUUUGAAAAGCUCAAGAGCGCUAAGCGUCCCUUGGUAAUUGUUGGUAGUGGUGUGUUGGAGCGUGCUGACAGUGCGGCCAUCCUGGGAUCUGUGGCGACUUUGGUUGGCAAGCUCCAAAAGACUGCUGAGCCAGGGCACCAGAUUUACAAUGUUUUGCACAGGGCCGCCAGCUGGACCGCCGCUCUUGAUAUUGGUUUUACUCCCGCGGCUCAGACGGCGUCUGUCAAGCCUCGUUUCUUCUACCUCCUGAAUGCUGAUGAUGUCCUCCCUACCGAUAUUUCCAAAGACGCAUUUGUUGUGUACCAGGGCCACCACGGUGAUAAUGGGGCGUACUAUGCCGACGUUAUUCUCCCUGGUGCUGCCUACACUGAAAAGGCAGUGACAUUUGUCAACACGGAAGGACGUACCCAAACGACUCGUGCCGCCGUUGCCCCCAUUGCAGGCGCCCGAGAGGAUUGGAAGAUUCUGCGUGCUCUUUCUGAAUUGGCUGGAACAACCCUGCCUUACGAUGAUGUGCACGAGCUCAGACACCGCAUGCAGCAAAUCUCUCCCAGUUUGGUCAACUACGACCAUGUGGAAAAGGGCACCUUUGUAGAAUUGGGAUUGUCACAGCUUGCCAAGAACAAGAAAGCUGCGAGUGGGGAGGCAUUCGAAUUGCCAAUCAAGGACUUUUACAUGACAGACCCCAUUUCUCGAGCGUCUGUCACCAUGGCCAAGUGCUCUCAGGUGUUUACCUAUGGGAAGGAGGAGGCAAGUGCCUACAACAAGGCAAAACAAGAAGCUGCAUGAAAAAGAAAAGUUGUUUAAUUAGAGAUCAUGGGCAGCUGGACAUGGAGUCAUGCCAAUUGCUCAAAGUGUGUGGCGGGGGGGGGAGGGAAUUGUAGUUUCUCAUUUGAUAUACCUUGUUCUUUUGCUCCAAAAAAUGUUUUCCUCC